CGGCGGUGGCGCGCGGGCGCGGCACCCGGAAGUCGGCGGCGACGGAGGCGACUGGUGACCCUGUGUGAACAAAGCUGCUCUCAGGGACCCAUGUGCAUCAUCUUCUUUAAGUUCGAUCCUCGCCCUGUUUCUAAAAAUGCAUACAGGCUCAUCCUGGCGGCCAACAGGGAUGAAUUUUACCACAGACCAUCCAAACUAGCUGACUUCUGGGGGAGCAACAAUGAGGUCCUCAGUGGGCUUGACAUGGAGGAAGGCAAGGAAGGAGGCACGUGGCUGGGCAUCAGCACACGGGGGAAGCUGGCUGCACUCACCAACUACCUGCAGCCACGGCAGGACCCGGAUGCCCGGGGCCGAGGUGAACUUGUGACCCAUUUUCUGACUACAGACAUGGACAGCUUGUCCUACUUGAAGAAGGUCUCUGCGGAGGGCCACCUGUACAACGGCUUUAACCUCAUAGCAGCUGACCUGAGCACAGAGAAGGGGGAUGUCAUUUGCUACUAUGGAAACCGGGGGGAGCCUGAGCCAGUCGUCCUGGCACCAGGGACCUAUGGACUAAGCAAUGCGCUGCUGGAGACGCCCUGGAGGAAGCUGUGCUUUGGGAAGCAGCUCUUCCUGGAGGCCGUGGAGCGGAGCCAGGCGCUCCCCAAGGAUGUCCUCAUUGCCCAGCUCCUGCAUGUGCUCAACAAUGAUGAGGCGCAGCUGCCAGACCCGGCCAUUGAGGACCAGGGCAGGGAGUACGUGCAGCCCUUCCUGAGCAAGUAUGCGGCUGUGUGUGUGCGCUGUCCGGGCUACGGCACCAGAACCAACACGGUCAUCCUCGUGGAUGCAGACGGGCACGUGACCUUCACAGAGCGUAGCAUGCUGGACAAGGACCCCUCCUGCUGGGAGACCAGCACCCACGAGUUCAAGCUGCAGAGCUAACCCCUCUCCCUGGGUGUGGCCAUUGGGCUCCUGGAAGGCCCUGCCUCGAGGACCAGUGUGGAUAGGAACCUUCCGUAGGCACAUGCACUGCCUGUGACUUGGCCAAGCAUCCCCCAGGACCAGGGCCCUCUGGUGUUUCUGUGACCUGUCUGUGUCCGCGUGUCCAGCUCAGGGUCUGCCCUUAC